AUGGUGGACGAUGUGGCAGACACCAAGCGGGCACGGGGCGGCGCUCCGUCAGCAGCGGCAGCGGCGGGCACGUCCGGCGACCAGGGGAUGGAGCCCAGCCCCAGCAACAGCGGCGGCGUCGGCGGCGCGGCCAAUGGCGGCACCAAUGCGGCGGCGUGGCGCGCACACAAGCAGGGCGGCCCGCCGCCCGAGGGCUGCCUCCAAAACGACGGGCUGUCGCUCUCGCUGGAUCACUUCAAAUCCGGCGUCUCCCACCUCCAGGGCCUUUUGGAGGGCUUGGUGGCAUCCGCCAGCGCGGAGCGCGAGGCGCUGGCACGGGAGCGGGCGCAGCUGGCAGCGGAGCGCGGCGCAUUGGACCAGGAGCGGAGCCGCGUGCAGCAGGUGCUGUGUGACAGCGAGCAGGUGACGCUGAGCGUGGGCGGCGCGCGCUUCACCACGACGGUGUCGACGCUGCGCGGCGCGCCGGCGCCCAGCCUGUUCGCCGCCAUGUUCAGCGGGCGCCACGAGCUGCAGCGGUCACCGCAGGAUGGGAGCAUAUUUAUAGACAGGGAUGGCCGCCACUUUGCAGACGUCCUGAAUUACCUGCGCACGCGGCAGCUGGCCUACCCCCAGGACGGGACGGAUUUCAAGUAUCUGCUUGAGUUGCGCGCGGAGGCCGAGUUUUACGGCCUGUCCGGCCUCACCGCAGCCAUCGACCGCUUCCCCUGGUCGCUCGUGAGGGCCGCGCGCGCCGCCUGCGUAGAGGAGGAUGCGCACUGGGUGUACGAGGACGGCGCCGACGAGAUUGUGUUCCGGGUGGACGCGCCCUGCCAGCUGCUGGGCGUCGGCCUCUGCGGCACACACGGCGGGUACACAGCUGAGGUGCAGGUGCUGGCGGUGGAGGAGGACGACUUCGAAUCAGUGGUGGCCACCCUGGGCAGUGGCACGCGCACAGUCACGCGCGCUGACGGCAAGGUGGCGCGCCUGGAUCUGUUUGAGCCUGUGUCCCUGGCGCCCGGCGGCACCUACAUGGUGUCCAUGGUGGCCAAGGGCUCAGACUCAUUCGUCGGGGAGGACUGCCUGCCUGUCGUGGUGGCCGGCGCCGUGAAGAUCUCGCUGCAGUGCUGGGAGAGUGCAAACGGCACCAACGAGCUGCGGGGUCAGUUUCCAGAGCUCUACAUCCGCCCGACCAGCUAA